AACACUGCAGUAGCGCUCACACAGAAACAAACGGAAACGGAAUUAAGAAACAUCAUCUCCUCGGGGCCUCUGACGCGUGAAAGGUAGUAAGCUGGUGUUGCAGUGUGCUGCUCCUAAGUACACACGAGGAAGGGCGACCAAUGGACCCGAGGUUGCCUGCGAUUACCGUAGUGUUGAUGAUGGUGGUGUCAGUUUAACUGACUGGAGCUGUAAGGAUCGGCUUGGCAGUCCCAGCCAAACGCUUACUGUGAUUGGUACGCUGUGUCGUUUGCUUUGUUGCUGCAUUUGUCGCCGGCCCGGACCGCCGCCAUAAUCAGUGAUUAGUGCACUCCGUACCAGCGACCCGUUGAGACGGAAAUUUCCUUCCCGAACGUACCUUCCCGCCUCGAUCCACCGCUGCGUCGCUCUGCCCUUCUAUAUUCAUCACGGUGAGUGUGGCGUGUUGUGCCUCGCGUAUUGCGUACUCGUGUCGUGGCGCUGGAAACCCGAUUACGUUACGGCGGUGUGUCGUGUGAAGGACAGUAUACAAGCUCUCCUCCCAGAGCUGAGGUCGACGUCAUCCUCCAACGCCUGUCGGUGGUCGGUAAUCGUCUUCGUACAACAGGAUACCGGAAGCGCACAUCUAUUCACCCUCUCCAUCCUCCCCCCUACGCCGCACCCGUUUACACACACAGAAAGAGCGAGAGAGAGAGACAGAAAUUUACGUAGGAACCGCAGUGCAGUCCACUUGCAGCGAUGAAGCUGGAGUCACGAUCAGCAUCAGAGAACCCAAUGCAUAUAAAGCGUGCCACAACCGAGAAAUUGCGAGAGAUUUUUAGCAAAUAUGCUACGCAACAGCUCAAUGGAGAGCCGCACAUGACCAGCGAGGACUUCGUCAGGAGUUUCCUGGGACAAUCGUACAAUGAGGAAUCGACGAAUCUUGUCGCCGGCAUUGCCGACACCAGCAAGGACGGGCUAAUCUCGUUCGCAGAGUUUCAAGCGUUCGAGGGGUUACUGUGCACUCCGGACGCCCUGUACAAAACCGCCUUCCAGCUGUUCGACCGUAACGGCAAUGGCUCGGUGACGUACAGUGAGUUUGUCGAUGUGUUUAAAAAGACAGAUCUGCACGCUAAAAUCCCGUUCAAACUGGACGGCCCUUUCAUACAGCUCUACUUCGGCAAGGACCGACGGCGGGUAAUCAAUUAUGUCGAAUUUAGCCAGUUCUUGCACGAUUUCCAUGAGGAGUGUGCGAUGGAGGCGUUCCGCUUGAAGGACACCUCCGGCUCCGGGUUUAUCUCGGCGCUCGAUUUUCAGGAUAUUAUGGUGAAUGUGAAAAAGCACCUGCUGACCAGUGAGGUCCGUGAUAAUUUGAUAGCGGUCACUGAAGGGCAUAAAGUAAGCUUUCCCUACUUUAUGGCAUUUAAUUCGCUGCUUAACAACAUGGAGCUUAUCAAACGUGUUUACCUGAACGCGACUAGUGGCAACCGAUUGGAGCCCAUCACCAAGGACGAGAUUCUACAUUCGGCGCAAAUGAUGAGCCAAAUCACUCCACUAGAGAUCGACAUCCUGUUCCAGCUGACUGGUGUGAUCCACCAGAGUGGACGGAUUGUGUACACGGACUUAAGUAACAUCGCACCGGAACAUUACAUCAAAAACAUAACACACCGAUUGGCGGAGAUUCGUGCAGUCGAGUCACCCGCGGACCGGUCGUUCGUGAUACAAAUGCUCGAGAGCACAUAUCGCUUUACGCUUGGCUCAGUAGCUGGUGCCGUCGGUGCCACGGCCGUCUAUCCUAUCGAUUUGGUUAAAACUCGAAUGCAAAAUCAGCGAACUGGUUCCUUUAUUGGUGAGGUUGCUUACCGCAAUUCUUGGGACUGCUGCAAAAAGGUGAUCCGUCACGAAGGGGUUUUAGGAUUGUACCGUGGGUUGGUGCCACAGCUAAUGGGGGUCGCUCCAGAGAAAGCUAUCAAGUUAACGGUAAACGAUCUAGUGCGCGAUAAGUUAACGGACAAGCAGGGAAACAUACCAACUUGGGCCGAAGUUCUGGCCGGUGGCUGUGCUGGUGCUUCUCAAGUGAUAUUCACUAAUCCCUUAGAAAUUGUUAAAAUCCGGUUGCAAGUUGCCGGAGAGAUUGCAGGCGGUGCAAAGGUGCGCGCGUUAAGUGUGGUGCGUGAGCUUGGCCUGUUCGGGCUCUAUAAGGGUGCCCGGGCCUGUCUACUGCGUGAUGUACCAUUCUCGGCUAUCUACUUUCCGAUGUAUGCCCAUACUAAGGCACUGUUCGCCGACGACGAGGGUUACAACCAUCCCUUAACGUUGCUGGCAGCAGGUGCUAUCGCCGGUAUACCGGCCGCAUCGCUCGUGACACCGGCGGAUGUGAUCAAAACAAGGCUUCAGGUUGUAGCGCGGACCGGUCAGACGACCUACAGCGGCGUGAUGGACGCAGUUCGGAAGAUUAUGGCCGAAGAAGGUCCACGUGCUUUCUGGAAGGGUACCGUCGCGCGCGUAUUUCGCUCAUCACCCCAGUUCGGUGUCACGCUCGUCACCUACGAGUUGCUGCAACGCAUGCUGUAUGUUGAUUUCGGUGGUUCCAGGCCGGCCGGGUCCGACGUUGCGAAAGCGAAGGUUAGUCUGGAGCGCGUAAAUCCGGAUCACAUUGGCGGCUAUCAGGCGGCUCUACCAAUGUUGAACGGUAUCGAGACCAAAUUUGGACUCAGCUUGCCUCGCUUCAAGCGCCAAGGCUCAUGAUAAACGUCUACUGGAGCAACGUUUUCCGUAACAUAACGUUCCGGUGAUGAACACCACACACUACCGGAUCGGAACAGUACUAAAGGACGUUUAUUUUUAAAUGACUAAUCCCCCGUCCCUCAUAUUUUCCCUAUCAUGCUGCCUAUCUAAGCGCAAACCUAACACCGCCAGGACAUUACCGAUGAAUUUAACUCACUCGCGUAGCGCAGCAGUAGUUCACAUAUAACGUCGCAAAUUGGACAUUUUAACACUGUGUGGGUGUUCAUUCGGGAAAGGAAAAGUGCAAUUGUUAUAUCCGUUUUCGUACAGUUUUCCUGCUCUUUGCUUCAUGUGGAUAGUGAUUUAUUUUUAGAUUCGUAGUUAUGGUUUCAUGCGUAAUUAUAAAUAGUUACUCAUUUGAUACUCAUAGUUUGACCGUGCCUCGGGUGACAUGAAAGCGCCCUGCGUAGAUGCAAUCGAUGCAAUCGAUGCAUUCGAUCAGGGAGAAACGCGAAUGGUAGAAUAAUGAAAUGUAUAAAUUCAUAUUGUCCUUCACAAACAAAACACGGUUAGUACGAACAAAACACACAAACAAACCAAUAAAGCGUAUGGACAAAGUAAAAACCAAAGUAACCUCACCGCUAAGCAGCCCGAUGCGUAGACAAAUAAAGACACUAACAAACGAACA